AUUAUCUCUGGAUAGCCGUUAACAUUCUCUCUCUCUCUUCCUUCCACCAUGCUUUCUCUCUCUUCCAAACCCUUCUUCUGCAGUGACGCAUUCAAGAACCACCACCACGCGCAACCCAUCGACUUUGGCUGAAUCGCGAAUUCCAUUAACAGCCUUUCCUAAGAUGGGUGCUAGGGUUCCCGUUCAGCACUACAAUCUCAACUCUCCCUCUUCCUUCAUCGAGAGCCCUCUCCAUGUCCUCAACGCCGUCGACGCCCGAACCGCGGCCUCCGCCAUCGAUCACAUCACCGCCGGCGACAACCCCAAUGACGAUUCCGCCUCCGCCGUCGAUUGCAUGAACGUGCAGGUAGACGAGGACCGCGCCAGUCUCGAUACCAACGAAUCUUCUAGAACAACUUCUUACGAUAUCUUGACGGUUGAGGAUGUUUCGCCUAUUGAAUCCGCGAGGGCGAGGUUUUUGCAAAUUAUUGUGGACCAUUUUAUCAAUGACCGUGUGAUUGAGGUGCCUGAUUCUGAGGCUGAUUACGCUGGCCAAGACAAAAUGAGUAAAAGGAGGACCCGAGAGAUCCAAUAUGAAGGAGACCCAAAUUUUGCUCUGCCUUUGAUGUAUGUGGCGAAUAUGUAUGAAAGUUUAGUUAGCGAUGUGAAUAAUAGGCUUGCAUCCUUGAAUGGUAUUCGGGAGAAGACAAUUGGGGUAGCCCUUGAAGCUGCCGGUGGUUUGUACAGAAGACUGGCUAAGAAAUUUCCUAAAAAAGGACCAUAUACAUUUAAGAGAAGAGAAUUGGCGACAUCUAUGGAGACAAGGACAAGAUUCCCAGAGCUAGUUAUACAAGAAGAGAAGCGUGUUCGAUUUGUGGUGGUUAAUGGGUUAAGAAUUGUUGAAAAACCAAAUAAUGUGCCAAUUGAUGAUGCUGAGUGGUUUAGGAGAUUGACGGGUAGGAGUGAAGUUGCUAUCACAGCUAGUGAUUACAAAUUUUACUCUCCAAGACACAAGUACAGGCGUGGUGCUUCAAUUUCACUUUCAAGCAUUCCAGAUAUCCAUAGUUAUACUGGGGCGGAAAAUUCUACUACAUUGGCUACUACUCAAGGAUUUCGCUCUCCACAAAACCAGCAGCAAACCCCGUGCAAACAUCACUUGCAAUCAUUUCCACAUCAACCUCAGUUUCACCCAGUUCUCCAGAACAAUUCAACUAUGCACCAAAGUCAGCAUGCUGGGCCGUAUUCUCAGAACACUCAAAGUGGUCCUCCCUCACACCUAUCAGAAAUUUCUCAUGCUCACCAACCAAUAUCAAUGUCUCAACACAUGACUUGCUUACAACCACUUUCUGGUGGCCAUGUUGGAGGACGCUUGCACAUGAUGCCAACAACUCCGGCAAAGUUUUGUGAUGAAUGUGGGGCUCCAUAUCUGAGGGAAACAUCUAAGUUCUGCUCCGAGUGUGGUUCAAAGAGGUUAGGAACAUAGUAGGAUUGGACAAGUUUUACUAGUCCAUAUAGCAUUUGUCCUCGUCAUUUUUUUUAUCACAGGUGUACUCAGGUUUUUGAUAUUAUUAGUAUUCGUAGUUUUUUUUUUUUUGAGAAAAUGUAUUUAGCCAAAUAAAAAAUAAAAGAAUAUAGUUUUUACUCGAAA